AUGGAGAAGCCAUCUCCUGAGGAUGAAGAUAACAAUCAGAUCAAGAAUUUGAUCAGCACAGGCAUUCAAGAAGCCCUGAAAAAGGAGCAAAGGACUUCGGAGAAGUCCAUGUGGGCUUUCAGAGUAGUGGGAUAUGGAUGUGAAGCCAGUUGUAUGUUCAUCCUGCAGAAUGUGGCAGGUUACAAAGGUGACUCUGCAGAAGAAAUCGAUCUCACUGUUGUUUAUCAGGCAGCAUCCAACGGGGAUGUCAACACCCUGACUGCAGUGAUUCGUGAGGAUCCUUCAAUAUUGGAAUGUUGUGAUAGCGAGGGAUCAACUCCGUUGAUGCACGCAAUAUCCGGUCGCCAGCUUGAUACAGUGAAGCUGCUCCUUAAAAUGGGGGCUUCCAUCAACACAGAAGAUGCCUGUGGAAGAACUCCACUAUCUCUGGCUACCUACUUGGGUUGGCUAGAUGGCUGUGUAACUCUCCUCCGUAAUGGUGCCAAGCAAAAUAUCCCAGAUAAAAAUGGAAGAUUACCCCUUCAUGCAGCUACUGCUGAAGACAAUGUCAGACUGUUGGCUAUACUGUUGCAGCAAACAACAAUGUGUGAGAUAAAUCAUCAAGACAAUGAGGGUAUGACCCCAUUGCAUUGGGCUGCUUUUCACAACCGGCCACAGCAUGUCCAGGCUUUACUACAGAAAGGAGCGGACCCAACAUUGGUUGACAAAGACUUUAAAACGGCGCUUCAUUGGGCAGUGCAGAGUGGAAAUAGAGCCAUGACUUCUCUCAUUCUGGAUCAUCACCUGAGCCCAUCUAUAAUAAACUAUGAUGAUGAAAAUGGGAAGACAAGUGUGCAUAUAGCAGCAGCAGCUGGACACAGUGACAUCAUCUAUGAUCUGGCAAGAAUUCCAGAAUGCAACUUGCAAUCACUUGAUGUCGAUGACAGGACACCUCUUCACUGGGCUGCUGCAGCAGGGAAAGCAGAUUGUGUACAAUCUUUGAUGCAGCUGGGGGUGGACAGCAGUCCAAGGGACAUCAAUGAAAACACUCCUCUGACAUAUGCAAUGUACUGUGGACACACAGCAUGUAUCAAACUGUUCUCACAGGAAAACAGACCUGAGCCUGUUCGACAGCAAUCUUCUCAAAGCAACAAGAAGAAAGAGGGGCGCUUCAGUGUAUUGAACCAGCUAUUCUCCUGUAAAAAGAAACGGGAUGAGCAAAACCGUACUCUGAAAGAUAAAAGCAAGGAUAGGUGUCGAAGAGAUGAGACUUCUGAAGUUGAUGAUAUUAUUACAACGUUUGAUUCUAUCAUGGAUUCCAAUAAUAGUGAAGUAUUGGAGGAACAGACAGAGGAAUGUAGACUUACAGAAACAUCUGCAGAGCUAGCAACUUGGAAACAACAGUCAUCAGACAGAAGACAAAAAGUUUAUAAAAGCCUACCCCCAAUACGGACACAAAGUCUCCCACCACUAACUCUUAGCAAUACUUUGUUUAUAAAUUCCCCUUGUAUGGUUCAGAAUGCAGACAGUAAGUCUAGUCCACACCACUUAGCGCACCGGUCUCAAAAAAGCCGCAGUGAACAUGACUUGUUUGAGAACAGGACUAGCUCUCAGAAGCUUUUGGAUAAUCCGUGGGCCAAAGAAACAAAUCACAUUUUGUCUCAUAAAUCAUGGACUACUCCAUCAAAGCUGCUGGAGGUUUUCCUGCAGGAAAGAGCCAAACAUUUGGAACUCUCACAACAUACUACUCUUCCCUGCUUACAGAACAACCUUCAAGGAAUAAAUAUGCAGCAGGAAUCCCUUGAGAAAAUAAGACCAGAAGAUUCAACUCCAGCACGGUCCUUCCUUGCUCCAAUUACUGAUUAUUGCACUCGUAAAUGUAAUUUGUCAUCUGACAGCAUGUCUCAGAAUGUGAAAAAAAUGAGAUCUCUUCCUCAGACUUCUGUAAGGACUACUGCAGUGAAUCUCCCACCAGCACUCCCAUCUAUGCCACAAAGGGAGGGGAUUGGUCAAAUUCACACACUUCUCUCAAAUAUGACAGGUGACACCCUGAGAUCCAAUCGUGUACUCCCUGCUAUCCCAUCUGAGAAGAAAGAUAUGUUACAAUCAGAAGAAAAUCUCACACUGGAAAUAGCAAUGGUGAUAGAAACUGAAAUCCCACAAAAGGUACAAUGA